GGGCGCUCGGUCCCGCCCCCCCGCAGCUGCAGCUGCGGAGCCGGAGAGCGGGCACCGCCGCCCCCUGGGCUGGGAACGCAGCGCGCGCGGCCAUGGCCUCCGGCGCCGUGGAGGCGGACACUCGACAGAGGCUGCUGCGCACCGUCAAGAAGGAGGUGAAGCAGAUCAUGGAGGAGGCAGUCACACGAAAGUUCGUCCACGAGGACAGCAGCCACAUCAUCUCCUUCUGUGCGGCUGUAGAGGCCUGCGUCCUGCAUGGGCUGCGGCGGCGGGCGGCUGGCUUUCUGCGCAGCAACAAGAUUGCAGCUCUCUUCAUGAAAGUGGGCAAGAACUUCCCACCGGCAGAAGAGCUGAGCCGCAAGGUGCAGGACCUGGAACAGCUGAUGGAGAGCGCGCGAAACCAGAUUCAGGGCCUCCAGGAGAAUGUGCGGAAGCUGCCGAAGCUGCCCAGCCUGUCCCCACUUGCCAUCAAGCACCUGUGGAUCCGCACUGCUUUGUUUGAGAAGGUCCUGGACAAAAUUGUGCAUUACCUGGUGGAAAACAGCAGUAAAUACUAUGAGAAGGAAGCCCUCCUGAUGGACCCGGUGGAUGGCCCCAUCCUUGCGUCUUUGUUGGUGGGGCCCUGUGCCCUGGAGUACACCAAGAUGAAGACUGCCGAUCACUUCUGGACUGACCCCUCGGCCGACGAGCUUGUCCAGAGGCACCGCAUCCACAGCUCGCACCUGCGGCAGGACUCACCCACCAAGCGUCCAGCCCUCUGUAUCCAGAAGAGACAUUCAAGUGGCAGCAUGGACGACCGACCAUCCCUUUCUGCCCGUGACUAUGUUGAGUCCCUGCACCAGAACUCCCGGGCCACGCUCCUCUAUGGCAAGAACAACGUUCUGGUUCAGCCGAGGGAUGAUAUGGAGGCCGUGCCAGGGUACCUGUCUCUACACCAGACAGCUGACGUCAUGACCUUGAAAUGGACGCCUAACCAGCUGAUGAACGGGUCGAUGGGGGACAUGGACUAUGAGAAGAGCGUCUACUGGGACUAUGCUAUGACCAUCCGCCUGGAGGAGAUUGUAUACCUGCACUGCCACCAGCAAGUGGACAGCGGUGGGACAGUGGUGUUGGUCAGCCAGGACGGGAUCCAGAGGCCGCCGUUCCGCUUCCCCAAGGGGGGGCACCUCCUGCAGUUCCUCUCGUGCCUGGAAAAUGGGCUGCUCCCUCACGGGCAGCUGGACCCUCCACUCUGGUCUCAGCGGGGGAAGGGCAAAGUAUUUCCCAAACUGCGCAAGCGAAGCCCUCAGGGUUCUGCCGAGUCCACGUCUUCAGACAAGGAAGAUGACGAGGCCACAGAUUACGUGUUCAGGAUCAUCUAUCCCGGCAUGCAGUCUGAAUUCGUUGCUCCCGACCGCUUGGGCAGCACUCCCCCAGUCUCCGUGAGCCUUGCCUGGACGGUGGUUCCUGCCGGCCGGUCGGUGCUAGUGGUGGCCAAGGGCAGUCAGUGGGCGCGAGCCAGAUGGGACGCCACCUUCCCCAUGCCGGGUCUGAAGCAGCAUCCCCCCACCCCCCAGGACCUGAUGGAUGUCUCCGUGAGCAACCUACCACCCUUAUGGCAACCCAGCCCCCGGAAAUCCUCCUGCUCAUCCUGUUCACAGAGUGGCUCCGCCGAUGGUGGCUCAACCAAUGGCUGCAACCAUGAGAGGGCUCCCCUGAAGCUCCUCUGUGACAAUAUGAAGUACCAGAUCCUUUCCAGAGCCUUCUAUGGAUGGCUUGCCUACUGCAGACACCUGUCCACUGUGAGGACCCACCUGUCAGCCCUGGUCAAUCACAUGAUCGUGUCUCCAGACUUGCCCUGUGAUGCCGGACAUGGGCUGACGGCCAGGAUCUGGGAGCAGUACCUUCAGGACAGCACAAGUUACGAGGAACAGGAGCUUCUACGUCUCAUCUACUAUGGAGGCAUCCAGCCGGAGAUCCGCAAGGCCGUGUGGCCCUUCCUCCUGGGCCACUACCAGUUCGGGAUGACAGAAACAGAAAGGAAGGAGGUGGACGAGCAGAUUCACGCGUGCUACGCACAGACCAUGGCUGAAUGGCUGGGCUGUGAGGCCAUCGUGCGGCAGAGGGAGCGGGAAUCCCACGCGGCUGCCUUGGCUAAAUGCUCAUCAGGGGCCAGCCUGGACAGCCACCUGCACCGGAUGAUGCACCGGGACUCCACCAUCAGCAAUGAGUCCUCCCAGAGCUGCAGUUCAGGCCGCCAGCACGUCCGCCUGCAGAGUGACUCCAGCAGCAGCACACAGGUGUUUGAGUCUGUGGACGAAGUGGAGCAGGUGGAGGCAGAAGGCAGGUUGGAGGAGAGACAGCCCAAGAUCCCCAACGGGAACCUGGUGAAUGGCACCUGUUCCCCGGACUCCGGCCAUCCAUCAUCCCACAACUUCUCCUCAGGCCUCUCAGAGCCCUCGGAACCCAGCCUGAGCACAGAGGACGGUGUCAUGGACGCCCAGCGGAAUGCCCCUCUGGUGCUUCGACCUGGGGACAGCAGCAUGGAUGACGGGCAGAGCAGUGAGGCCACCACCUCCCGGGAUGAAGCCCCCCGCGAGGACCUGGCCGUGCAGGACAGCCUGGAGAGCGACCUCCUCGCCAACGAGAGCAUGGACGAGUUCAUGUCCCUCACUGGCAGCAUGGACGUGGCCCUGCCCGGAAAGGAGGGGGCCACGAUGGAGGGCUGGGGAGACAGUGAGGUGGGGAAGCACAGCCGUGUGGACAGUGAGGACAACCUCUCAGAGGAGUCUGAGAUGGAAAGUCUCUUCCCCGCCCUGGCCUCUCUGGCCGUGGCCACUUCUGCCAACAACGAGGCAUCCCCCGUGUCUUCCAGUGGUGUCACUUACUCUCCGGAGCUCCUGGACCUGUACACCGUCAACCUGCACCGCAUCGAGAAGGACGUGCAGCGCUGUGACCGCAACUACUGGUACUUCACGCCCGCCAACCUGGAAAAGCUGCGGAACGUCAUGUGCAGCUACAUCUGGCAGCACAUUGAGAUCGGCUAUGUCCAGGGCAUGUGUGACCUCCUGGCUCCACUGCUGGUCAUCCUGGAUGACGAGGCCCUGGCCUUCAGCUGCUUCACGGAGCUCAUGAAGAGGAUGAACCAGAACUUUCCCCAUGGGGGCGCCAUGGACACGCACUUUGCCAACAUGAGGUCGCUGAUCCAGAUUCUGGACUCUGAGCUCUUUGAGUUGAUGCAUCAGAACGGGGACUACACUCACUUCUACUUCUGCUACCGCUGGUUCCUGCUGGAUUUCAAGCGAGAACUUGUCUACGAUGACGUCUUCUCUGUCUGGGAGACCAUCUGGGCAGCCAAGCACGUCUCGUCCGCCCACUACGUCCUGUUCAUCGCGCUGGCUCUGGUGGAGGUCUACCGUGACAUCAUCUUGGAGAACAAUAUGGAUUUCACAGACAUCAUCAAAUUCUUUAACGAAAUGGCUGAGCGGCACAACACCAAACACGUCCUGAAGCUGGCCCGGGACCUCGUGUACAAGGUGCAGACUCUGAUUGAGAACAAGUGAGGGCCACCUCACCCCGGCCCUGUCAGCCGUGCCGCCACCCACCUGUCCAGCCCGCUUUUCCUCCCGGCUGCCCCGGGAGCGAGGUCCUGGUGUCUGUUCGUGAGCAUGGACUUCUGUGCAGAGAGAAACUGCCCCAACUUUGGCCGCCAGGCAGGUGGGGUCGAGGGUUUGCCCCUUGAGUUCAGCCUUACGUUUUCCUGUUUGACCAAAGAUUGUCCAAGUCUGGGAUUUCUCCCUUGUGGGAGUUGGGGUACGUCAGUGGAUGGAGGGAACAGUUUCGUUUGUGGUCUCCAGAAUGGUUGCCUCUCUCUUAUUCUGUCCCAACCCCUCCAAACUGUUCCGUCAGGGGAGACUUGGAGAAGGAGUUUUUCUUGGGGAACUAGUGUAGGAGAGGUCUGUGGGGCUACCUCUAUACUCUGAAAGGGGCCUCUGGAGAUGUCCCAGAACAGGGCCGGCAGGCAGGCUUGGAGCAGAGUUUCCGCACCUCCCUCGGUGCUGUUGACAGGGUGCUGGGUGAACCGUCUUCUGAGAGGGGUCGUCCUGUGCAUUGUUGGAAGGUAAGCAGCAUCGCUGGCCUCUGCCUGCAAGAUGCCAGUAGCGCCCCCUCCCCAACCCAGCUGUGACAACCCGAAGGGUUUGCAGAUUUUGCCACAUGUCCCCACUUGAGAACCAGUGGCGUAGAGGAGGGGCUGCAAGUGUAUCUCCUUCCCCCCCUUUUGUUUAACCACCUGCUCCUGAGGCUUUCUCCCACUUAGAAAAGGCACACAGGAGUCCACAUCUCUUUCGGGACCUGGAUUCUGUUUGUUGUGGUCUCUCAUGUUUUUUCUCCUCCACCUGACCCCAGGAGAGACUUCUUUCCUUCUUUUCAAGAAAGCCUCUGCCUGAGAGGCUCCCUGGAGAGGGAGGGAAGGGCAGAAGGGUGGAACAGUGAGAAGUGUGGUAGGUGUGAGUUAGCCCGAGGUCCCGCCCAAAGCUCUCCAGGCAGGGUGGGGUCCACAUCCGUUUCUUCACCUCCUAGGGAAGAUCUCGCCUCUCCUUCUGCACUUUGGGUCUGAUGCUCCAGAAGUUUGGAAGGUGUGUGUGAGUGGCCGCCACUUCAAGGGAGGUGGGGGAAGCUGGCUUUUCCCUAGGUGCCUUUGAUCACUCAGGACAAAGGAAGAACAGGAAGGCAGAGGUCCGCCAGAGUAGACUGUGAUGGGUGUUUUCCUUGGAAAAUAUGCUGAUGAACUGGCCCCCGGAACAUGGAUGGCUAAGUCUGGAAGUGGUCCCCUCCGCAUCUUCACACAAAGGGUCGCCAGUCACAAACAGACCCCGAGUUAGCUGGUUCACCCUGCCUACCUGUCCUUUGAUAGAGCAGUCCUGCCAGCUCUUUUCUGAGAACACACGUGGGAGAAACAGAGUCAGGGUGGAAGCCUCCUCCCCAGAAUGGAAGGUAGGAUUUUGGAGAGGGGAGGAGACUCAUAAGCACAAGGAAGCAUUCACAGAGAGGGUACAUUAGUCCUCUGUCCUGAGCAAACCAGGAGGGGGAGGAACCCCUACCCUGUGUGCUUGUGAAGGCUCGCCCCUGGGCACCAGUGCCUUCAACUGCAUCCCAACCCCCCAGUCUCCCACGUGGGGCCUCCUGAGCAGGACGGACGAGACCUAAGUGUCCCUUGCCUCUGAAGAAUGUUCUCUGUGAAAAUUGCACCUCCUGGCUCUGGUCCCCACCUUCCCAAGACGAGGAAAACAUGUCCAGAUCAAAGUUUUCCUAGCCACUCAGCUCUUCGUUACAGAGGACAUUAUUUUAGCAAGACCCAGGUCCCAGACCUUCCGAUUCUGAUUUAUUUUUCUCGACAGACUAGUCCCAAAGUAUAGCACACAAUCUCUUCUCCGCCUUCUCUCGUGAUGUUCCAGAGAAGUGUCCGUGGUUGUGAUUUGGAACAACUCCUAUUUGUUCAGCUUACGGUGUUUAUUUUGGUCUCCGUACAUCGUGUGUCCUUGUGUCCGGGAAUCGAGUGCGUGGGAGUCAUUCUGUCCGUGGAGUGCCCUCCUACUUCUCUCAGUGUUGCCAACAUAUCUUGUAACUGUUUACUGAAGAGUUGUGUCUAUAUAGAGAGAAAAUAUAUAUAAACAGAGAAA